CUGUAAAUCCAGCAAGCGGCCGUCGUUAAACUGUCUCCUGGAAUAUCUAGUCUCCGCUCUCGAAGCGCGAUAAGCAAGCCCACGGGGAGCACGCCAUAUCAUAAAGAUAGUCCAACAGCUGACCGAUCCGAUCUGCCUAAAUGCGAAUUUUAUCUGAGCGCGGGGCCGAACGCCGAACUCGUCGUUGUCUGUCGCAUGCACGGUUGCAGGUUGAUGAGCGAUCACGAGCCGAGCUGCAGCAUAAUCCGCCAGAUCUGCGGCGCUUAUCAGUAGCGUGCGGCGGGGAUAAAGAUACACAGAUACUGGCGGACCUGGCUCUGGCAUUCUAUUGCGGCGGCGGCUGGCGGCAGUUGAUCUUCGUCGAUCAAAAGGCAAGGACUGCAGUUCCUGCGAAUGCAGAGUUCCAAGUUCAAGUGAUCACCCUCGCCAGCACAAACCGUCCACCAUGGCCCAAGUCGAGGCGCGCACUGUGCUGUGGUACAUGACAUUCAUCGGCUUCAUCGUCAACUACAUGAUCCGGAUCAAUCUAAACAUCACCAUUGUGGACAUGAUUGCCUUGAAUCCAACCCAAAACAGUUCCCUAGAGAACUCUACACACUUGGCUGCCCUUCCGGAAUUGAACGAACGAUUUUCGCUGGAGCGCUGGUUUAUGGACUGGGCGAAUAUUCCGUACGAAAAGAAGGGAUUCCACUGGGACGCGAAGCAGCAGAGCUCUCUGUUGGGCUCCUUUUUCUGGGCUCACUGGACCCUGCAGAUCCCCGGCGGCAUCUUGGCCACCAAGUAUGGCACCAAACUGGUUUUUGGCUGGUCCAAUGGCAUCGGUGUGUUCUGCUGUUUCCUCAUUCCGAUCGUUUCGUACUGGAGCUACACAGGAUUGAUUAUCCUUCGCGUGUUUCAAGGAUGGGUAACGGGAUUAGCCUGGCCGUCGAUGCACGUGCUCACUGCCAAAUGGAUUCCGCCCAACGAGCGCAGCAAGUUUGUCAGUGCCUAUUUGGGAAGCUCUGUGGGCGUGGCCCUGUUCUAUCCGAUCUUUGGCUACGUAAUCGACUGGACCAGAUGGGAGUGGGUUUACUACAUGUGCGGCAUCGUGGGUACCCUGUGGUUCAUUGCCUGGCAAUUCCUCGUGUUCGACAGUCCAGCGGAGCAUCCUCGCAUCGCCGAUUCGGAGAGGAAGUACAUCGAGAAGUCCUUGGGAGCCUCUAUUCAAACUACUAAGGCACCGACUCCCUGGAAGGCUAUAGCCACCUCCCGUCCAGUUUGGCUAAAUGUGGUGGCGCAAUGGGGCGGCAUUUGGGGUCUGUUCACCUUGAUGACCCAUGCGCCCACUUACUUCCGGCAAAUUCAUCAUUGGAAUAUCCGAGCAACGGGCUUCUUGUCGGGACUUCCGCAUCUCAUGAGGAUGCUCUUUUCCUACGUGUUCUCCAUUCUGGCAGAUUAUCUCCUGCGAACGGAUCGCCUUAGUCGCACCAAUGUCCGCAAGUUGGCCACGUUUAUUUGCUGUGGCCUUAAGGGUUUCGUGGUCUUGGCCCUGGCUUACUAUGGCUAUAAUGCAACAGCUGCCAUUGUGUUGGUUACACUGGCCACCAUGCUCCAUGGAGCGGUGUCUUCGGGUCCACUGGCUUCCAUGGUGGAUCUGUCGCCCAACUAUGCGGGCAUUGUCCUGGGAGUGAGUGGAAUGAUUGGCGGAAUGCCCGGCUUUAUAUCGCCCUAUAUCGUGGGACAGAUCACCUACCAGAACCAAACGAUUGAAGCCUGGAAGAAUGUGUUCCUGAUCAGUUCGAUGAUGUUGACAGGCAGUGGCAUCCUGUACGUUCUUUUCUCUGAAUCCACUCUGCAGCCGUGGAACAGUGGCUGCCACCAGUUGCCCGAUCCCGGGCUGAAGGAGCUCCAGAACCUGGGAGCCGGCCAAGAUGAGGAGGAGAAGAAGCCCCUAAAGGCUGAUCACGAUGAGGAAACCCAUAACGUGGCUGAAAUGGAGACCAAAACGAAAUCUGAGGGCGAUGAAAAGUGACAAGGGGCAACCUCACUCUAAUUUAUUGGCGUAAUUCCGUGUUGGUUAUGGCACCUUUCCGAACAACGUCUGACAACUCUUAUCGCCAUUUUGUGUAAAUAAUUACCCGAGAAUUCGGGCGAGUUUAGCAUCUCCAACCUCUAGAUUUAAGCGUGUUGUUUACCUAAGUAGGAUUAGGUCUCUUUUCCUCAGAGAUUCUGUUUGUCUACUGUGUGCUUUUGGUUAAAUAUAACAAACAACUUAAAUGUGUUA